CGAAGGGUCGAACCCACUACUCAGGCCAGACUACACAAACAAACUUGCUUGUGUCUGUCAAACGUCAGACAUUCACGUCUUGUUCGUAAAUUCUCCUCGAACUGGCGUUCAGAAACUUCAAAUUUCUUUCGCAGCUGAAUCACUGCCACAAGUUCCAAAGAAACUACCAGCUGCCAUUCAACUCAAAGAUGGUCAAGAAGUUACUCAUAGCUUUUGACUUUGAUCACACUAUUAUCGAUGGCAACAGUGACACUGUUGUACGGCAACUUCUACAAACUAAGCCACCAGAAUGCAAACUAGCUGAAAGCUGGACAACAUACAUGCAAAAUGUUUUCAACCUGCUUCACCAAGAAGGAGCGACAGAGUCCCUCUACUUGGAUACUAUUGCUAACAUCCCUCCAACGCCCGGAAUGAUGGAUUUACUCCAAUUUUUGGAUAACCCAGAAGUUGAAAUCAUAAUCAUCUCAGACUCCAAUUCAAUAUUCAUUCAAACUUGGCUUGACAAUGUGAAGUUAAGUGAUUCCGUCCAUUCUGUGUAUACCAAUCAAGCAGUCUUUGAUUCAUCCGGAUUACUGAAUAUAACCAUGUAUCAUAGUCAAAAUUGGUGUGACAAGUGUCCUGAGAAUUUAUGUAAAGGCUCGGUUCUUGACGAGCAUUUGAAGAAAAGGCACGAGGAAGGAGUAACAUUCUCUAGUGUCGCUUAUGUUGGAGAUGGAAGAAAUGAUUACUGUCCAAGUACUAAACUGUCUCGAAUUGAUCAUGUGUUUCCUAGGAAAGGAUUUUCCCUGGAAAAGCUCUUAACAGACCCUCAAACAGAUGAAGAAAGUAAGAAGAAAAUCAUGGCAAAUGUGUGUGUGUGGGCCUCUGCUUUGGAAAUUAAGGAAAAACUUUCAGAGAUUGUCUGAGCUUUUUUUUAAAUAACUGUUUUUUAUGUUUUUAUUUUUAUUUGCAAUGAACUAAAUGUGUUUCAAUUCAGUGGAGAUAAUUAAUGUUGUAGAAUAUAGAUAUACAUCUAUGGUAAUAUAUUGUACCUGUGAAGCAUUUAUUAGGUUUUCUUUUAGAAUGAGAGAACCAAUAUAAUCAUGUGAUAAUAUUGCAAUUAAAGUGAUCCAAACGGGUGAGAUGACACAAAAACUGUGCAAUAAAAUUUAUGUCAGUCAUUAAA